AUAAUCAGCUGAAUAGUAGCAAUUCAUAAGAUGUCGCAUGAGUUCCUUUGUUAAUGUGUUACUUGAGCAUGUUGUGAGACUUCUCAAAGGCAUAUGGCUAUUUGCCUUGUUUCUUUUGGUUUUCAAAUGUAAUUUAUAAAUUGCCUGAAUUUCAUCUGUGGCUUUUUAAUGUGACCAUAAUCUAAAUUUCCUGGUGGUUGAAACUGGUGUUGUAUAUCAGGAAGUACAGUCACUGUUUUCUGCUUGUGGCUAUAACAGUGAACGCAGCCGAUCUUCCUGGAUAAAAAGCCUCAGUGAAGAAAGCUGUGCAUCUGCAGAAGUUGUUGCUGCUGUUGAUGUGAACACUCUUGCCAAUGAAGUUUACAAGUACAACUUUCCCAGCACGCCAUUAUGGGCAAAGACGAUUGAGAAUUGGCCUGCAAGGUGAUAUAUCCGAUCCACGGACAAAGAGCUUUCUCUAUAUCCUUGAUAUUCUCCCAAGACUUCAGAAGCUUCCAAAAUACAUACUUUUAGAAAACGUUAAAGGAUUUGAAUCCUCUUCUGCAAGAAAUGAACUUUUGCGAACACUAGCAACAUGUGGAUUUACAUAUCAAGAAUUUCUCUUAUCUCCAACCUGUCUUGGCAUUCCCAAUUCUAGGCUGCGAUACUUUCUAAUUGCAAAGCUUCACCAAGAACUAUUCUCUUUUCAAGCUCCUGGUCAGAUAUUGACAAGAUUCCCAGAUCAGGAUCUAGAAGACUUACUCAAAGACAAAGUCACUGACAAAGUGGGUGAAGCUUGUUCUUCCUUGUGUUCUGAAGAGAAGAAUCUGGAUCGAAACAUUGGUCCCAGUUGCAGCAGCAAGAAGAGUUUACCAAAAGGGGCCUUUCUGUUUAAACUUGAAACAGUAGAAGAAAUGGAAAGGAAACAUGAUCAGGACAAUGAUUCCUCUAUUCAAAUGCUUAAAGCUUUCUUGGAAGAGGAAAAUGAAGAAAUGAGUCAAUAUUUCAUACCACCAAAGUCCUUGUUGCGCUAUGCUUUCUUAUUAGACAUUGUUAAACCCACCUGCCGGAGAUCCACAUGCUUUACAAAAGGGUAUGGGCACUAUGUAGAAGGGACAGGCUCAGUUCUGCAGACAGCAUUAGAUGUACAGCUUGAGUCAGCAUUUGAACAUAUUGAGGAGUUACCAGAAGAAGAGAAACUUAUGAAAUUGUCAACACUAAAACUUAGAUACUUCACCCCAAGAGAAAUAGCAAAUCUUCAUGGAUUCCCUUCAGAAUUUGGCUUUCCUGACAAAGUGACAGUAAAGCAAUGCUACCGUCUUCUGGGAAACAGUCUCAAUGUACAUGUGGUGGCAAAACUCAUCUCCAUUCUACUUGGAUAAUUUAGACCCUGAAUCUGAUGAGUACAGACUGGUGACAGAAAAUAUUUCCAUCUUUCAAGACAAAGCUGAUGGCAGCUGAACAAAAAUCACGUAUACCAAAAUAUCUGUUCUGACACUUUGAACAAUUCUGAUAUAUUUUUAACACCUUGCUUUUAUGGUGGAUUUGCAUUGUAGGGGUUUUAUUUAAAUGGAAAUUUACAGGACUUGAUUGCUUUAUUUAAAGUUCCUUUCUAGUUUGCAGAAUGAAAAAGAGCAGCAUUUACAUGUACCUCAGUGAAAAUGGAUAAGACUAAACCAUCUUUGCAGUACAGUGUAAAAAGGCUUUAAGUGUCAAAGCUGUUUUAAUUAAGUGCAAAGACCAAGUUCUAUGUAUAAAAUGUCUUCAUCUGUAAAUAUCAGUGAUCCAAUCUCAAAAGAUUUAUUGUAUAUAUGAUCUGGAAUUUUGAUGUGGUGUUUUGUAGCUAAUGAAAUGGUAAAAUUUGAUAUUUUGUAUAUGAUUUUUAAGAAGACUCAGUGUCAACCUCUCUAAAUACUUGCAGGAUUCUGGAGCCUAACUGUAUUUGUCUGCAAUGAUUUGUUUAAGUGCAGCUGAAUAAAAUAUUUCAGGAUUAUCACAACCUUGACAAUAA